GGCAGCAGAGCUCGGAGCCCAGCGCACGGGGGCCGGGCUGCCAUUUCAGGUCCAAUACCGAGAGCCGAACGGACCCUUUCCCUUCUGGUGCUGACCCGCCCGCCCCCGCCUCCUCCGCCUCGUCCUCCUCUGCCUCCUCCUCCAGGGCUGAGUCUUCGCCGGGCUCGGAUUGUGCUGCGUAGUGGUUCUUGAGCCUCUUGGGAGCCCCCCAGUUUUGUGAGGCAGGGGUGCCCCGAGUUUUGUCGACCGCGGCCUGCGCUGGAACCUCUCGGCCCCGCGGCCCAGAUGAAUGACUUUGGAAUCAAGAACAUGGACCAAGUAGCCCCUGUGUCUAACUAUUAUAGAGGAACACUUAAGCGUCAACCGGCUUUUGACACCUUUGAAUGCACAGAUUCACUGUUUGAAGGAUUUUUCCCUUCACUAAAUGAGGAACAGACACUUCAAGAGGUACCAACAGGCUUGGAUUCAGUUUCUAAUGAGCCUACCAAUUGUGAAUUGCCCCUGCUAACUCCAUGUAGUAAGGCUGUUAUGAGUCAAGCUUUAAAAGCCACUUUUAGUGGUUUCACAAAGGAACAGUGUCGUCUUGGUAUUCCUAACAAUCCCUGGCUCUGGACAGAGGAGCAGGUAUGUCAGUGGCUUUUUUGGGCUACCAAUGAAUUCAGUCUAAUGGAUGUAAACUUCCAAAAAUUUAUCAUGAAUGGUCAAGUCUUAUGCAAUCUUGGCAAGGAACGAUUUCUCGAACUGGCACCUGACUUCGUGGGUGACAUUCUUUGGGAGCACCUGGAGCAGAUGAUUAAAGAGAAUCAAGAAAAAGCAGAAGAUCUAUAUGCAGAAAACUCCCAUCUCACUUCAAUGCCUCAUUGGAUCAAUAGUAAUUCAUUAGGAGGUAGUAUGGAUCAGCUGUCAUAUGGAAUGCAGACUCAAAGUUGUACCAAAACAACCCUCCUGGAUAGUUUGUGUCAGUCAUCUACAGCACCUAAUGUUCUUAGUUCUGAGCAGGAGUUUCAGUUGUACUCCAAAUCCCGACUUGACACAAUAAGUGUGAACUAUUGCUCAGUGAAUCCAGACUUCCCAGGAAACAAUUUGAAUUUGCUCAUCAACAAUCCUGGUAAGCCAGGAAAACAUGAUUCUGUUGAGAAUGGCAAGGACAGUUUUGAAAGUUCUGAUUCUCUGCUACAGUCAUGGAAUAGCCAGUCAUCUUUACUGGAUGUGCAGCGUGUGCCUUCGUUUGAAAGCUUUGAAGAUGACUGCAACCAGUCCCUAUGCCUGAAUAAACCUACUAUGUCUUUCAAGGAUUACAUUCAAGAAAGAAGUGACCCAGUAGAACAAGGCAAACCAGUUAUACCAGCUGCCAUUCUUGCUGGCUUUACAGGAAGUGGACCUAUUCAGCUAUGGCAGUUCCUUUUAGAAUUAUUAACAGACAAAUCUUGUCAGUCAUUUAUUAGUUGGACUGGAGAUGGAUGGGAGUUUAAACUUGCUGAUCCAGAUGAAGUGGCCCGACGGUGGGGGAGGAGGAAAAACAAGCCCAAAAUGAACUAUGAAAAGCUGAGCCGGGGCCUCCGCUAUUAUUAUGACAAGAAUAUCAUUCACAAAACAUCUGGUAAACGAUAUGUGUACCGCUUUGUGUGCGACCUCCAGAAUCUUCUUGGUUAUACAGCAGAAGAACUUCACACCAUGCUAGGAGUGCAGCCAGACACAGAAGACUGAGCCCUGCAUGGGUCUGUACCUCAAGUGGCUGUGGCCAUGCUCCACAUAUACUGUGAAUGGGAUGCCACUGUGGACGACCCAUACUGACUACACCAGAAAGGGGCAAGUGCUGCAAAAUAAGAACCUUAAAAAGGAGAAAUUUUGUAAGCCCUAGAAAAUCAUAAACGAAGCAGUGGGCUUGUUUCAUCAGAAACCAUGGUUGUUAAACAGUCAUCUCACUGAGAAACAUGGAAGCCAGCACAGCUCCUUGCUUCAGAAGCCCAGUGACAAAACGUUCUUUAUAUUUCUCUUUAACUGAUGAAAGAUAGGGUGGGAAUACUUUGCUCUCUUGGAUGAAAGCAGGGCACAUAAGGAUUUUAUUUUAAAGCAAAGAUGUGCUAGGAAGCCACAGGCACUUUGGUUUUGCCUUGUAGAACCAGGUGAAGCAAAUGCAAAAGCAUUUCCUUCAACAGGGAGGAAAAAAUAAUGCCAUUUCAGAUAAUAGUAUUUGUAUGCUGUUGUAAUCUUAUGGCUCUUCCUGAAAGCCUCUAGCAGCACUAUUUAACAGAAAUUAUAUAUUGUAAUUUAAACUAAUUUUUUAAAGUGUGCUUGAAAUAGGAACCAGGAAGGACACAACCCUAUCCCAUGUUUAAUCUUUAAUUUUAAUAGUACCUACAACAUUAGAAAAAUAUUUAUUCUGCCAAGGGCAGGCAGAGGAGAAAUUUGUGAAAUGUAUAUUAAACAUACAUAAUACAUUCCUCCAUGGGAAAAGGUAUAGGAGGUUAUUAUUUGCCAUGGCUAUUAUCUGGCAAAUACUUUGUACAUUUGGGCAUUUUUGCAAAAAAAAACUAUUGUAUGGGGCAUAACUGACCUUUUUGUGGUUUCUAUUCUAAUGUUGAAGUUACUAGCUAAAAAGCAGUUCUUUUCCUGAUAAAUGCUAUGUUUUCCACUUCUGUGCAUGUCUUUCAAUCAGUUUAUAUUCAAGACUUAUUUUUUUGGUUUAAUUGUAUUUGUCCCAUCCUCCUUACCUCAAACAUGUCCUCUCCUAUGUGGUUCCCUGUCCCCAAUUAAUGUUGUUUGAUUAAAAUAGGAACUCUAUUUUUGAAAAUAUGUAACUCCUUUUCAGAGAUCAGGAGGGAUUUAUGUAGCAGCUAUUUUUACUGCAAAAAAAAAUCACUGGAAAAUAUAAUUUGUAAGAAAGUUUAUUUUUAUCUUUGUUUCAUGUAAAGUUAAAUGUAUUAUACAGAGCAAGAAGUUCCUGAAAAUCAAAUCUUUAUUAAAACCUC